AUGGUGGAACAACAACAACAAGAUUCUACAGCAGUGAAAAGAUCAUCAAGAUCUCCCACCACAAAACCUCCCUUCACUUUAAGUGAUGUCAAGAAAGCAGUCCCUCCGCAUUGCUUCGAGCGUUCUGCUUUUCGCUCUCUGUCCUACCUCUUAGGAGAUGUGAUCCUCUUCGUCUCGCUUUAUUAUAUCGCGACAAAUUAUAUCUUAAAAUCAGAAUUAGUACAAUCUUCCAAGUUAUAUUUUGUCGCCUCUUUCAUUAUUUAUUCGGUGCUUCAAGGAUUCCUCUUGUCGCGAUUUUGGGUAUUAGGCCAUGAAUGCGGGCACAACGCGUUCAGUGACUACAAAUGGCUCGAUGACACAGUCGGAUUCAUACUCCAUUCUGUCGUUCUGUUUCCUUAUUUUUCAUUUAAGUACAGUCACCACAGGCACCACUUGAGAACCGGAUCACUUGAAGAAGAGGAAUUCGACAUCCCUUUACUCAAGUCCCAAGUUCCUCUGGUUUUCAAGUACCUCAAAAACCCUGUAGCAAGGGUCUUGGUUGUUGGUGCAGUUCUGAUUGCAGCUGUGCCUCUGUACUUGCUUGUCAACUUCCGUGGUCGGGCUUAUGAUCAAUUCGCCUCCCAUUUCGAUCCCUACAGUCCCAUGUUCUCACAUAAGCAACGUCUUCAGGUCCUGCUUUCUGACGCUGGAUGCAUUGCCGUGAUUUAUACACUAUACAAUCUGGCUCUUUCGAGAGGGUUCGCUUGGGUGGCCUUUAUUUACAUCGGACCGUACCUAUUUCAUAAUUCUAUGCUAAUUAUAGUGGCGGUACUUCAACACACGAACCCUCUUGUGCCUUACUAUGAUUCCUCUGAGUGGGAGUGGUUGAAGGGGUCUAUGGCUACCAUUGAUCGCGAUUUUGGAUUUCUCAACGCGGUGUUCCUUCACCAGCCUAAUACUCAUGUAGCGCACCAUCUCUUUCCGAGAAUGCCUUAUUAUCAUGCUGUGGAAGCUACCAAAGCAUUUAGGCCUGUGUUGGGGGAGUAUUAUCAGUAUGAUUACACCCCUUUCUAUAAGUCACUGUGGAAUACUGUGAGUGAUUGUGUCUACGUCGAGGAAGAUGAACAGAACAAAGGGGUAUACUGGUAUAACAGUAAUUUUUGA